AUGGAGCCGCUGUUCCUGGAGGAGCAGAGCCCGGACUUCUCCGUGCUCCAGAGGCUGCUGUGCCUCGAGCCGGGACCGGGACUCGAACCCGGGGCCGGAGCUGGACCCGACCCCGACCCCGACCCCGGACCUGCGGUGGAAGCGGCUGCGCACGGCGUCCCCGGGGACAUCACCGGGGGGAUCCUGGAGCGCCCCCCCGCUCCCUGCAGCCCCGGCGGGGGUGGGCUCCGGUUCCUGCAGGAAACCGUGCGGCUCCUGCCCCCCCCCGCGCCCCCAAUGGCUCCUCCCGCACCCCCCCUCCCCUCGGGGCUCCCGGAGCAGCGCGGCGCGGCCCCGGUGCCCCCCCCCCGCAGCAGCGGGGAUGCUCUGAGCCUCAUCAGCCUCCAGUGCCAGCGCCUGAGCGGGCCCCGCAGGCGCAAACAAGCGGAGCCCAAGCGAGGGGCAGGGCCCGGGGACCCCCGGUUCCGGGGGGUGACGCUGAGGAUGCGCCUGGACCUGCGGAGCUGCAGCGCCGACGGCUGCGGGCUCCUCAUCAGCGCCCGCGGGUGCAGGGCUCCCAAGCGGAGCAGCCCCGAGGCCGGGGAGGGCGGCUCGGAGAGGAUCGGUCCCGUUGGUCCUGGGAGCAAGCGCUGCGCCUCCUGCGGGACACGGAGGACCCUGCUCUGGAGGGCGGCGGAGGAUGGGACCCCGCUGUGCAAUGCCUGCGGCAUCAGGUACAGGAGGUACCGGGUGCGGUGCCAGCGGUGCUGGAACAUCCCCGGGAAGAGCCGGAUCCCCCAUUCCCGAUGUCCCCGCUGCGGGGAGCGGUGUCCCCAGGCCGGGAAGUGACAGCGCGGAGCCCGUUGGAGCCA